GGUAAUAGUGAUACAUUAUUAAAGUUCAAGUUUAUGUUAGAUUCACUCUUUGCCUUGAAAAAUAGAGGUAUGUUGUUGAAUAAAGGGAAUUAGCAGUGUGACAAAUGCCUAGUGCCAAAUGCCCAUCAUUAUAGAAUCUAACAAUAAUUUUACUGCUCUUUGUGCCACUUUUUCAUUCCUCCUUCUCUGCUCCCUCCUGGCAAACACUGAUUUUUUUUUUUUAAAGCAGACUCUCUUAAUAGACUUCAUUUUUUAGAGCAGCAAAAUUGAAUGGAAGUUACAGAUUUUCCGUAUGUGUCUGCCUCUACAUGCCCAUAAUCUCCCCCUUUAUCAGUAUCGCUUGCCAGAGUGGUACAUUUGUUAGGGAACCUACGUUGGCACAUCAUUAUCACCCAGAGGCCUUAGUUAACAUAGUGGUUUAUUCUUGGUGUUGUACAGUUUAUGGUCUUGAGCAAAUUUAUAACCUGUAUCCUCCAUUAUAGAAUUGUACAGAGUAGUUUCACUGCCCUAAAAUAUCCUCUGUGCUUAUUUAUCUCUUCUUCCCGCCUCCCCUGCAGCCAUUGAUCUUUUUAUUAUUUCUCCAUAGUUUUACUUUUUCCAGAGUGUCAUAUAGUUGAAAUCAUAACCUUUUCAAUUAGCUUUUCUUUUUUUUAAAGAUUUAUAUAAGAACUGGGGUACCGGUCAGAGGCACGGGAGGGUGAGAGAAUUCACCAGAGAUAGCAGGGAGCAGAACAGGAAGAUGGACUGAAGACACUGCUGAGGGGAGCAGCAGGUUGCUCUCCUGUUGCAUCUUUGACAUAAUUUCUUAGACUCUGCUCCAUGAUUUAAUCCGAAAGUCUGAAAUGAAGAUGGAGGAGGCAGUGGGAAAAGUCGAAGAACUCAUUGAGUCUGAAGUCCCACCAAAAACGUCUGAACAAGAGACAGCUAAGGAAGAAGAUGGAGCUGUAGAACUGGAAUCUCAAGUUCAGAAAGAUGGUGUAGUGGAUUCUACAGUUCUUUCUUCAAUGCCCUGCUUGCUAAUGGAACUGAGAAGGGACUCUUCUGAGUCUCAGUUAGCAUCCACAGAGAGUGACAAGCCUACUACUGGCCGAGUUUAUGAGAGUGACUCCUCUAAUCACUGCAUGCUUUCCCCUUCUUCUAGUGGUCACCUGGCUGAUUCAGAUACACUGUCUUCUGCAGAAGAGAAUGAACCCUCCCAGGCAGAGACAGCAGUAGAAGGAGACCCUUCUGGAGUGUCUGGUGCCACGGUUGGGCGUAAGUCUAGGAGGUCCCGAUCUGAAAGUGAAACAUCCACUAUGGCUGCCAAGAAAAACCGGCAAUCCAGCGAUAAACAGAAUGGCCGAGUCACCAAGGUUAAAGGUCAUCGGAGCCAAAAGCACAAGGAAAGAAUCAGGCUACUGAGGCAGAAAAGGGAGGCUGCUGCACGGAAGAAAUAUAACCUGUUGCAGGACAGUAGUACCAGUGAUAGUGACCUGACUUGUGACUCAAGCACGAGCUCAUCAGAUGAUGAUGAAGAGGUUUCAGGGAGCAGCAAGACAAUCACUGCAGAGAUACCAGAUGGACCUCCAGUUGUAGCUCAUUAUGAUAUGUCUGACACCAGCUCUGACCCAGAAGUGGUAAAUGUGGACAAUUUAUUGGCGGCUGCUGUAGUUCAAGAGCACAGUAUUUCUAUAGGAGGCCAGGACACAGGAGCUACCUGGAGGACCAGCGGGAUUCUAGAGGAGCUGAAUACAGAGGCAGGUCAUUUGGAUCCAGGAUUCCUAGCAAGUGACAAAACAUCUGCUGGCAAUGCACCACUUAAUGAAGAAAUCAAUAUUGCCUCUUCAGACAGUGAAGUGGAGAUUGUGGGAGUUCAGGAACAUGCAAGGUGUGUCCAUCCUAGAGGAGGUGUGAUUCAGAGUGUUUCUUCAUGGAAGCACGGCUCAGGCCCGCAGUACGUGAGCACCCGGCAAACACAGUCAUGGACUGCUGUGACUCCCCAGCAGACUUGGGCUUCACCUGCAGAGGUGGUUGACCUUACCUUGGAUGAGGAUAGCAGACGUAAAUACCUACUGUAAUACAAUGUCACUGUGUUUCCUCUGCACUGUUCCCUUCCACUUCCUUCUCCUCCUUGUGACAUGGAAGUUCAUUGUCAUAGCUGCAGCCUCAGAAGCUGUUUGUGGCAUUUGUAUAAUUGAAACUCAUGGAAAAUUGCCCCCCCUCCUUUUUUCUCUCUUUUUUUUAAUUAAAAGAAGUCACUUAGAAAAAUAA